AUGUUGAAUAGACAGAAAUUAACAGCGAUUGAAGCAAUAGGAAUCCCUUUAAAAGAAGUUGAUUCCAAAGUUACUGAAAAUACAUUCUGUGUGAUAACAAGAAGAUUUGGGGAAAUUUAUAUUCACCGUUACAAUAGCUGGCGUACCUUGUAUCUCUUUCAGCCAUACAACCCUGUUCGAAGAGCUGCAAUUGCUUUUACAACUCACGAAAUUUAUGAUAUACUUAUAAUGGCUGUAGUUCUUAUAAGCGUUGCAGAAUUAGUUGUCCCACAAUCUGUUCCAUUGCUUUAUGUGCGGAUAACAUUUCUUUUUUACAUAACUGAAGUCUUGUAUCAGUCACUAAGUAGAGGAUUUAUAUUUGGUUCUUAUUCAUACUUGAGAAAUCCAUGGAUGUGUUUGGACUUUGCUAUAACCUUAUUGAGAUUUUUGAAGUUUUCUAACUAUAUUUAUAGUUUACCAGAUUUAGGUCCUAGUUCUAGCAAACAGUUUGGAAUUCAGUCGUUGAGAGGAAUCAGAGCUAUUCAUCUUAUCAGCAAAAUUCCUGGUAUUCAAGUUAUGGCCAAAGGUGUCUUAUUAUCUGUAUCUAAGAUGUAUGGGGUCACCAUGAUUGUUUUUCUGUUUUUACUGUCUAUUUCUUUAGCUGCUAAGCAAUUAUUUAUGGGGCUGUUUCAUCAAAAAUGUGUCAAAGAAUUUCUCAGUAAUUCGACAGUGUCAUAUAAUAACCACAUCAAUAAUCCUGAAAAUUGGUUGGAAGGCUAUCAUGAAGAACCAAUUAUGUGUGGAAAUAUUUCAGGAUCUCAGAGAUGUAGUAAUGGUUACGUUUGUUUGCCUGAUAUCGGAGGCACUCCUGAUGCAAAUUACACUAAUUUUGACAACUUUUCCAAUUCUAUUUUGAAUACCUUUCGUUUACUUACACAAGAUGAAUGGGAAGAUGUUUAUGAUAAACUUAUUGAAGCAACUGGACCUAUAUGCAUUCUUUUCUUCCUCCCUGUUAUAUUCCUUGGAUCCUUCUUUCUUUUUAACUUGAUGCUAGUUGUUGUUACCAGUUCUUAUGAUACAGUAACUAGUGAGGGAGAGGCUGCAAAUCAAAAUCUUUCUAGUUAUAGAUAUCAUAGUAGUUUUCAGUUUGAAAUAAAUAAGUUGUGUUUGCAUCCCCUUCAAACAGAUGAAGAAACACUGAAACAUGUUUUAAAAGAAAGAGAUGAUAUCAUAUAUCAUCAUGAAGCUAUAGCUAAUAGAUGGAGGAAAUUAAGGAAGCGCAUUUACCAAACAGAGCAUUCACAACCGUCAUAUAAGAUAAAAUUAAUGAAAGUCCAGAAGUCAUGGAGAGCUCUCCGAAAAGUUACAAGAGUAAUUCUAGGCUCGCUACGAAAUAUUUUUCGACUACUGAUUGUGAUGGCAGUCUUGAUAUGCACUUUUGCCAUAAUUGGAAACCGUGUCCUGGGAAAAUUUUAUGAUAAUCAAAAUAUUGAUAGGUCUGAAUUGCCAAAUAUUGCUUUCCGGUGGACAUUUGCUACUUUUGGUGAUUCGGCAUUUGUUGUAUUUCAAUUAUUCACGGGUGAAUGGAUUAAACAUUUCUGGAGCUGUAUGCUUACUUCAAAUGAUUCCUUUUUGUGUCCCUUAGUAAUCAUAAGCUAUUACUUAAUAGGAUGCUUAGUUGUUUUGAACCUUUUCACAGCUUUACUGCUUAGUUCCUUCGACUCAUCUCAGUUCAAGUCGUCUAUUUCAAUACGAGAGACAAUUGCUCAAGCUCUUGUAUUGUCCUUUCCUGCAAUACUACGGGUAGUGCUGGUUGUUUUAUUUAUUUGGUUGCCGUUUGCAAUUUACGGUGUCACUCAUUUUCAUGGAAAAUUUAGUAGAUGUGAAGAUGAAAGUCAUGAAGUAAUUGCAGAAAUUGUGAAUAAAACAGACUGUAUUCAGAAAAACUUUUCGUGGGAGGAAUCUUUCUACAACUUUAAUCAUUUGGGUGAAAGUUAUUUGCUACUUUUUCAGUUGGCUAUGUAUACUGGUUGGACUGAAAUGGUGGAAAUGACGGUUGACUACAGAGAAAAUGAUCUGCAACCACAACGAGAUAGUCAGCCACAGAAUUAUGCCUAUGUGAUUAUUUUUAUUUUUGUAGGCGGUUUUUUUAGUCUUAACCUCUUUGUUGCUGUUGCUGUCGAUACGUUCACUAUUAUGCAAAAAGAAGUCGAAAGUGGCAUUUCUAAUUUGUUAUUAACAGAUGCGCAAAAGAAGUACUACAAGGCUUUGCUCAAACUUAUGAAUAGAAAACCUGUUGUAUUGAUAAAAUCUCCAUCCAAUAAAUGCCUUUAUGCUUUCUAUACUUUAGUCUACAAUAUAUGGUUUCGAAUUUUUAUUGUGUUCCUGAUUGGUAAGUAUUCAUUUAUAUUUUUUACAUACUUGUAUUAUUUAUCUUUAUUUUUAGGUCAGAUAACUUAUGGAUUUCCACAGUCAACAAGAUUUUCAUUUUUGUAUGCAUUCCGUUUGCUGAGAGUUCUGCACUUGCUACGCCUUGCACAAUUUUUAAAGGACCUUCGACGUCUCAUUUAUGCAAUUCUUGCUUCAAUUCCUUCGCUAUUCAACAUUAGCAUAUUCUUGUUCCUUCUUAUAUUUGUGUAUGCCAUUAUAGGCAUGGCAUAUUUUGCUCAUAUCAAGCUCCAUGCAACACUAAGUUCCACUCAAAAUUUUCAAAGUUUUAUUCCUAGCAUUUUGAUUCUUUUUCGUCUUACAACGGGUCAAGGUUGGGACCAUAUACUUCGAACUUUAAGUGCAAUGCCUCCAGAGUGUGAGAUGGUCAAAGGUGAAUGUGGGCACAAGGCAUUGGCCAUAGUGUUUAUCUUAAGUUUCAUUCUGACAUCAAGCAUUCUUUUUGUCAACCUUUUCAUCGCUGUGAUUUUGGACAACUACAGAGAAGUUCUGGCUCAAGAAAAAGAUCCAAUCACAGAGGAUGAUUUAAAAAAUUUCUAUGAUGUUUGGAAACUGUUUGACCCAAAAGCUACUCAGUUCAUUUCUAUUGAACAGUUAUCAGAUCUACUAAAUUUGCUGGACAGGAAUUUGAGAAUUGCACAGCCUAAUCAAAUAGCAAUUGCAUUCAUGAAUUUACCAUUGACAGCAGCCAGAAAAGUUCAUUGCUUAAGCAUUCUGAAGGGAAUCCUAUUAGUUAAAUUUGGUGAUGUGGAUGAAACAAUCAUAUUUCAAAAACUUCGUGCAGAAUUGCAAAGGAAAUAUGAGCAGAUGUUUCCUGAGUUGAAAGGAUCAAGAUUUGUUGAAACUACCAUGGAGUUAAAAAGAAGAGAUUAUGCAGCAAGAGUGAUACAAGCACGGGUGAGGAAAAUGACAUUUCCAAUGGAAGAAAGGAAACAAAGAUACAACAAAUAUUUAUCAAAGUCCAAAAAUAAGCAUUAA